CGGGACGCACUUGCGCACUUAGGUCAUAUUUGUGAUCGCCUCCUUACUGGGCCUGGGGACAGAGCCGGCAAGACCAGGACCCUAACCCCCCGUCCUUGGGUCCAUGGAUUCGGGGUAGCCAAGUGGAUGCCAACCGCCAGGGAGCCUGCCGGCGCGCAUCCCGCCGUCUUGGGGUCGGACGGGCCUCCGGUCCAGGGCUCAAGGAGCAGAAACAACCAGCCAGGGAGAGCCUGAGAAUGCCGCAGAAGGUGCAGGAGAACUCCCCAGCCCAGCAGGCGGGCCUGGAACCCUACUUUGACUUCAUCAUCACCAUCGGGCACUUCAGGCUGAACAAGGAGAAUGACACGCUGAAGGCCCUGCUGAAGGCCAACGUGGAGAAGCCCGUGAAGCUGGAGGUGUUCAACAUGAAGACCAUGAGGGUGCGCGAAGUGGAGGUGGUGCCCAGCAACAUGUGGGGCGGCCAGGGCCUGCUGGGCGCCAGCGUGCGCUUCUGCAGCUUCCGCAGGGCCAGCGAGCACGUGUGGCACGUGCUGGAGGUGGAACCCUCUUCACCUGCCUCCCUUGCUGGCCUGCGCCCCUACACAGACUAUGUGGUUGGCUCAGACCAGAUCCUCCAGGAGUCCGAGGACUUCUUUACACUCAUCGAGUCCCACGAGGGGAAGCCCUUGAAGCUGAUGGUUUACAACUCCGAGUCCGACUCCUGCCGGGAGGUGACUGUAACUCCCAACGCAGCCUGGGGUGGAGAGGGCAGUCUGGGCUGUGGUAUUGGCUACGGGUAUCUACACCGGAUCCCAACCCAGCGCCUCAGCCACCACAAGAAGCCACCUGGUGCCUCGCCUCCCAGUACCCUGCCUCCUGACGCCCUGCUUCCUGAUGUCCUUCCUCCUGGUGCUCCGCCACCGGGACCCAUCCCCCAGGACUCUCCUGCCCCUCCUGGCCCAGAGACGGGCUCCAGGCAGGAUGACUACAUGGAGGCCCUGCUGCAGGCACCUGGCUCCUCCGUGGAGGGACAGCUUUCUGAGCCUGGGAGUCCCAGCCGUGGCGCGCCAGACCUUGGGGGAUUUCCACGUGCCAUGGAGACUCCUCUUCAGCCUCCACCUCCAGUGCAGCGCGUCAUGGACCCAGGCUUCCUGGACGUGUCGGGUAUCUCCCUCUUGGACAGCAGCAAUGCCAGUGUCUGGCCCAGCCUGCCCUCUGCCACAGAGCUGACCUCCACAGCUCUCUCAGCCUCCGGGCCCGAGGACGUCUCCAGCAGUGGUUCUCAUGAGCGUGGUGGUGAGGCCACAUGGUCCGGAUCAGAGUUUGAGGUCUCCUUCCCGGACAGCCCAGGCACGCAGGCCCAGCCAGACCACCUGCCUCAGCUAACCCUUCCCGACAGCCUCACCUCUGCAGCCUCACCAGAAGACGGGCUGUCUGCUGAGCUGCUUGAAGCACAGGCUGAGGAGGAGCCGGCAAGCACAGACAGCCCAGAUUUCGAGGCAGAGGCUGAGGAGGCAGCCAGCCAGGCCCGGCUAUCCGCCCCUGAAUAACGCCCUAGGCCGUGUCGAGGCCCCUGAUGGCAUUUCGUGAGGCCUAGGUGUGGGGAAGCAGCUUAGGCCACACUACGCGCAGCCCAGCCCCUUGCCUGACCCCGGCCGUGUGUGCAGCUUCCUAGGCGGUGGCUCCCAGGAUGUGCGGGGACUUCUGCAGGGACAGGGCUUGUGUGUCCACACAGACCCUACUGGUGUCCAAGAAAUGACCUCCCAGCAUUAAUUCUGCCUGAUAGUCCUGGCUUUGGGGAAUCGGGCACUUGUGAGUCUCAGACAAGUCCUUUUGGGGUGGUGGAGGGCUGGGAGCAGCACCCAGAUUAAGUUUUGCAGGAGCUUGGGUGGGGCAGCGAGCCUCAGUGGGUAGGAAGAGGAGGCCAUGGGCCUUGGGGAAGGGCAUCUUUCGGCCAUGUACCCUUAAGUCCAGUGCUUGCUCCUGCUCUGGACACUAUGGCUGCCCAGGAGGCAGCAGGGUCCACACAGGGUCGGGUGUGCAGAUGGAGUGAAGGAGGAAGGGAUAGGUCUGGAGAGUUUGCCUAACUCUUGGUAGGGCUUGCCUUGAUUCUUCUUGCGCAGCUCGGCUAGCCCCGUGUGCACUAGAAGGCAGCCCCACGCCUUGGGGAUCCCUGAAGCCCCAAUUACCGUCUCUUCUGUCAUGUGCCCUCAUCUCUAUACACUGCACAGUCACUCGGCUGACUGACAUCUGCCAGUUACAGCUGGAGGAGAGAAGCGGUGACCUUGUCCACCUCUCCUGGAAGAGGAGGACUGGAAAUUCUAGGCCCUUCAGCAGAGACUCACUUGUUCUUGGACCACGAUGUUUCUUCUUCCCAGGGCCUACACCCCACAGACCCAGUAUCCCUAGUGGUGACUCCUGUCAGCUCCCAAACUUCUACAACCAUAUCUUGUAAAUAUACAAGGCAUCCAGUCAGCCCCAGUGGUGAAUAAAAAUUGCAAAUCUAAGUUCACCAUCCUAAGCAGACUCUCAAAGCCAAUCCUGACUGGUCUCUUUACACACAGCUCCCACCCUAUGGGGGAACAAGGGGCCUGGACGAGAGUGGGUCCAUUCUGUUCUUUUCCAUAGAAUGGGAGGAGGCUGUUCCCUUCACCCCAGGUGCCCCAAGAGGCUAAGACUAGGCCAGGUCUUCUGCUCUACCUGGUUCCUGCAGGAAAAGGAGGGCUCCACGCAGGAACGGCCUCUCAUCCCCUGAAGUCCCUCACCUUCCCACUUCUUGCUGAUUGCCACGAAAGCUGCCUCUGGCCUGGUCUUCUAGCUGCUACCCAGUUUAAAGUCCCACCUUUGCCGCUUGAUCUGUAAUAUGUGCACUUAACAGAGCAUUCAGAGUUCUGUUAGGCCCACAGGACAAGGAUUGUCUGCUCUGGAAGGCACAGAGCAAGUAUAUGCAGGGAGGGCCCCAAUUAGCAAACACUUCAAAUUUCUAGCACUGUGACUGCAUUUGAAGCAAGCCCUUGUCAAGCCUACCAGAGCAGCUGAUAAGCCUGCUGAACAGGGAGGCAUUGUGUCCGAAGCCAGGGCUGCAGCUGGGUUCUUGGAUUGUCUGGGAGCCCAGUGUCCGCCUGUAGGAGGAAUCCAGGAGGUAGAAGAGAAUCACCACAGGACUGUUCUGAGGCCUGCUUCCCUGAACUGCUGCCUGGCAGUCUGGUCCAAAGUCACCCUCACCCUAGCAUUCUGGCUCUUUCCUCCCUCACUUUUACAUACUCCCCGCCCUAAAUAGGGGGAUACAAUGGUACUGAUGCUAAUGAUGCCAGGGUAAACAUGGAACCAGAAGUUUCUCCGUAAUCUGCUAUGAAGGAAAAUGACAAGUGAAAGAAAUAAAGGUGUACUACACUUUGAAAUAUUGUAACUAAAGCCUUUAUUCUAUACAACUGUGAAAUACAGAUUUUUACCCUUUUG